AUCAGGCAUUCUUUAAACCGGCUUUAAAAAGCAGUGUCAUCUUUGUUCCUCGUUCCGAAUACAGUUUUUUGACACUUGGAAAUACUGUUUGCAGGGGGAGCUUCGUGAGAGAGAGGCAGACCGAAUCACACAGCGCGCUGCUGGGCUCCUUCAACUUCAGACUCCCUGCAACUAACUUUAUCAGUGCGUUUAUUAUUUUCUGAAGUUUAAGUUUCAUUGGCUGGCCGUCCUGAACUGCAUUUAGAAUUCGUUGUCAUCUGAUCUGUCGGGAUACGAGCAGGACGGGCCACGCACUUACCUUUGGUUGAGUAAAGCAAGCUGUGAUGACCCUGUCUGGGAGCUGCACUGCCAACGGCAUGUCUGGUCAGACGGUCCUCAUAGCCGAAGAUGUGGAUAUCGAUGUGGUGGGAGAAGGUGAUGACGGAGUGGAAAGGGACAGCGACUGCGAGAGCCAAGGGCUCCACGACCGCGGGGAAGAGGUGGAGGAGAUCGGCGUGAAAGGGAUGACCGGGAGCCCCUGCGAGAGCACCGCCGAGGCGCAGGACACCAAAGGGGACGGGCAGGAUGGCGGGUCCGGCCCCAUGCAAAACAAGCCCAAAAACAGCCUGGUGAAGCCCCCUUACUCUUAUAUCGCGCUCAUAACCAUGUCUAUCCUCCAGAGCCCGCAGAAGAAGUUAACCCUCAGCGGCAUCUGCGAGUUCAUCAGCAACCGCUUCCCUUACUACAGAGAGAAGUUCCCCGCCUGGCAGAACUCCAUCCGCCACAACCUGUCCCUCAACGACUGUUUCGUGAAGAUCCCUCGGGAGCCCGGGAACCCUGGCAAGGGCAACUACUGGACCCUGGACCCGCAGUCUGAAGACAUGUUCGACAACGGCAGCUUCCUCAGGAGGAGAAAACGCUUCAAGAGGCACCAGAGCGAGAUUCUGAGAGAACAAACCGCGCUCAUGAUGCAAAGUUUUGGGGCGUACAGUCUCGGGGGUCCCUACGGCAGGCACUACGGAAUUCACCCGGCCGCCUACACCCACCCCGCGGCUUUGCAGUACCCCUACAUGCCCCCCAUGGGUCCCAUGCUUCCCCCGGCGGUCCCUCUCUUGCCCUCCACUGAACUCAACAGGAAAGCCUUCCACUCCCAGCUCAGCCCCAGCCUUCAGCUGCAACUGAGCAGCCUGAGUGCAGCAACCAUAAUCAAAUCGGAGCCGUCUAGCAGACCCUCGUUUAGCAUAGAGAACAUUAUUGGGGUCUCCAGCACGUCACCCAGUGCUCAGACUUUCCUGAGGCCCCCCGUCACCGUCCAGUCUGCCUUACUGAGCGCACAGCCGCUGUCCUUAACCCGGACCUCAGCUGCCGUAGCGCCCAUAUUCAGCGUUCCUACAAAUUUAAUUUCUGGACAAUUCCUCCCCUCAGCGUCUGCAGCAGUAUCCAAGUGGCCCGCUCCAUGAGAGCGCCCGGGUUUACUGUGUAAAAUAAACUGUACAGCCUGCUGUUCGGUACGCAGCACUGGACCGUGACUGCAUACCUGUAGCCACUGUCAUUAAAGCUUGAGCAGAAAAACACACAAGGAAUGCGUUUGGACAGGUAAACAUGUGUAAAUAUCUGUACAAAGAAACGGAUCUACUUUUUGAAGUGUUCUGUUGUUGUUGUUGUUGUUGUUGUUGUUGUUGUUUUAUUGUUUGAACGGUAUAGCAGUUAUUUCACUUCAUUUGUUGUUGCUGAAGGUUCACUGCUGGUAAUAAAUGAAAUGAUAAAGAAUGUUUUCUAACAAAAGAAAGAAACAAAGAAACAAAGAAAUGCAAAAAAAAGCUGUCAGUGUUCUAUUACAGCAGUGUGUUUAUAUGAAUUGAAAUCUAUGUAUUCUAUGAUAUUGUGUUGUACACUGGAUAACUUUGUUAAUAAAUCUGAACCCUCGCUCGCCCUGUGUGUGUGUGUGUGUGU